AUGACGUUACAGAUUUCUGAUUUUGGGUUCGAUUAUACUGUUAUCGCUAGAGUGGACGAAAGUAUAUAUUUAGCGGCCAUUAUCGCCGCUGUAACAGUAACAAGUGUUACACCCGAUGAAUUUACUGACGAAUUUGCCGACAUUCCAACAAGCUGUCCAGUGCCAGAUGGGCAAGACACGACUCAUAUUGCGCACGAAUCCGAUUGCCAUAAGUUUUACAAGUGCAAAAUGGGGCAGAAGUAUGAAAUGACCUGCCGUUCGAAUUUGUGCUUUAACCCGGAGUUGCAAGUAUGCGAUUGGCCAUGGAAUGUAACCUGCUGUAUGGGUGGAAUAUCUGAUCCUCCCACAAGUCCAUCUACCACAACUCAAUCUACCACAACUCAAUCUACCACAACUCAAUCUACCACAACUCAAUCUACCACAACUCAAUCUACCACAACUCAAUCUACCACAACUCAAUCUACCACAACUCAAUCUACCACAACUCCAAAUCCAACACCUACAUCUACCACAACUGAAUCUACCACAACUGAAUCUACCACAACUACAUCUACCACACCUAAACCUCCCCCAUCAGAUGGCAAUGACUGUGCGACACUUAAAAAUGGCGUUAGAGUACCUGAUGAAACAAAUUGCCGAAAGUAUUAUGAAUGCAAGGCAGGUAUAUAUUUAGUGGCCAUUAUCGCCGCUGUAACAGUGGCAAGCGUUGCACCCGAUGAAUUUGCCGAUGAAUUUGCCAACAUUCCAAAGAACGAAUGUCCAAAAGUAGAUGGACAAAACGUGACUCAGAUUCCGCACGAAUCCGAUUGCCAUAAGUUUUACAAGUGCAAAAUGGGGCAGAAGGUAGAAAUGACCUGCCCAAAGAAUUUGUGCUUUAACCCGGAGUUGCAAGUAUGCGAUUGGCCAGAGAAUGUACCCUGCUGUGCAGGUGGAAUACCUGAUACUUCCAUAACUCAAUCUACCACAACUCAAGAUCUCACAACUCAACCUCCGACAACUCAACCUCCCACAACUCAACUUCCCACAAGUCAACCUCCCACAACUCAAGAUCCCACAACUCAACCUCCCACAACUCAAUCUCCCACAACUCAAGAUCCCACAACUCAACCUCCCACAACUCAACCUCCCACAACUCAACCUCCCACAACUCAACCUCCCACAACUCAAGAUCCCACAACUCAACCUUCCACAACACAACCUCCCACAACUCAACCUCCCACAACUCAACCUCCCACAACUCAACCUCCCACAACUCAAGGUCCCACAACUCAAGAUCCCACAACUCAACCUCCCACAACUCAACCUCCCACAACUCAAGAUUCCACAACUCAACCUCCCACAACACAACCUCCCACAACUCAACCUCCCACAACUCAACCUCCCACAACUCAACCUCCCACAACUCAGCCUCCCACAACACAACCUCCCACAACUCAACCUCCCACAACUCAACCUCCCACAACUCAGCCUCCCACAACACAACCUCCCACAACUCAACCUCCCACAACUCUACCUCCCCCAACAGAUGACGAUGACUGUGCGAGACUUAAAAAUGGCGAUAGAGUACCUGAUGAAACAAAUUGCCGAAAGUAUUAUGAAUGCAAGGCAGGUAGAAGAACUGGACCCUUCGACUGUUUAGAAAAUCUAUAUUUCAAUCCCAUAGUAAGCGAAUGUGAUGUUGCAUCAAAUGUUCCUGCAUAUUGUUCCCAGUAA